CUCGCGAAACAAAAACGAAUCAGUCUCUCAUGGUCCUAAAGAUUAAUGACAUUCUGUUCUUCAGUUUUCUCUCUCCGGAUUUUCUUUAUCGACGAACAGGGUUUGCUGCAACUUUUUGACCACCAUGCAGUGACUUAACGGAAAAAACAAAAGCUUCGAGUAUUUUUGUUGUUUGUAAGGUUCUUUUCGUCCUCAUCUCUUGUUUCUUGAGUUACAAGUCUUCUCUCCUGUGAUUUUAGAAUUUCUCAUUGUACUAGCUAGGGCGUUUCCAUUUCUGAAAAGUCAUUGAUUGUACAUUUGGCUCUCUCUCCUUCCUCCUGACACAUAACCUUCGAGAGACUCAAUUACAUCUUGAUCAUCCAUCUGAUGAACCUGAGAUUCUUGGGUUUUAUACUUGGGGAUCAAUCAGGAGAUAGUAUUUGUUCUUGAUGCACACGGAGAUUGUGAAGUUGUCUGGAGUAUUAUGGGUUGCAUCUUCUCAAAAAGAAAUACAGAAGAAGAAGAAGAAGAAGUUAAUGUUGAACAUGAGAAACCUCAAGAAACAUCCUCAGUUCAAUUGAUUGCGCCUACAACCUCCCAGAAAGAUGACUUUUCACAUAAAUCCGUGGACGGAAGCUCAUCGCAUAAAGCAUCUGGUCGAGGCAGCGGAUUGAUUGUUCCUAUAGACGAUAGUGAUGGUAAAACGGUAAUUGUGGAGAGACCCACAAGGUCCCACCGGAGAUGUUCAACAGCAGAUGUUGGAACAGGAGGAGGAUUUCAAUUGUUUCAGCAGCCCCCGAGUAAUGUUAUCUCAAGUAGCCCCGAGUCUGAGCUCACUGCAGCUGGAUGGCCUUCUUGGCUAACCUCUGUUGCUGGUGAAGCCAUCAAGGGUUGGGUUCCUCGUCCGGCCGAAUCCUUUGAGAAGUUGGACAAAAUUGGACAAGGGACUUAUAGUACCGUGUACAGAGCUCGUGAUCUUGAGACCGGUAAAAUGGUAGCCAUGAAGAAGGUUAGAUUCGUCAAUAUGGAUCCUGAGAGUGUGAGAUUCAUGGCUAGGGAAAUCAACAUCUUGCGGAAACUUGACCAUCCAAACGUUAUGAAGCUCGAUUGUCUUGUCACCUCAAAACUCUCUGGUAGCUUGUACCUUGUGUUCGAGUACAUGGAGCAUGAUCUUUCUGGUCUCGCUCUUAGACCCGGUGUCAAAUUCACAGAACCUCAGAUCAAAUGUUACAUGAAACAGCUGCUUAGCGGUCUUGAACAUUGCCACAGCCGAGGAAUCCUCCACCGCGACAUUAAGGGUUCAAAUCUCUUGGUGAACAAUGAUGGAGUCCUCAAGAUUGGAGAUUUUGGUCUGGCGAGUUUCUAUCAUCCAGAUCAAGAUGAACCCCUGACGAGCCGUGUAGUCACCUUGUGGUAUAGGGCCCCUGAGCUUCUACUUGGAGCUACAGAUUAUGGAGCCGGCAUAGAUCUGUGGAGUGUUGGUUGCAUUCUAACAGAACUUUUCUUAGGGAAACCAAUCAUGCCCGGAAGAACAGAGGUGGAGCAAAUGCAUAAGAUCUUCAAGUUGUGUGGUUCACCAUCCGAUGAUUACUGGCGGAAGACAAAACUACCACUUGCGACAAGUUUCAAACCACAACAACCUUACAAACGUGUCCUUCUGGAGACGUUCAAGAGUUUGCCAUCUUCGGCUCUAGCUCUUGUUGACAAGCUUCUAUCCUUAGAACCAGAGAAGCGAGGCUCAACUUCAUCAACGCUAAACAGCAAGUUCUUCACAACCGAACCACUCCCUUGCGAGGUAUCAAGUUUGCCCAAGUAUCCUCCAAGCAAGGAACUUGAUGCAAAGGUCCGUGAUGAAGAAGCAAGAAGGAAACGUGCCGAAACUGUGAAGGGACGUGAAGCUGAAUCGGUGAGAAGGGCUUCGAGAGAUUUUAAUCCUGAGGAAGCCAGUAGAACAGGGUCGAGAGGAGAGACGGGAAGAGGCGAUAGAGAUAAAGGAUUUUCUCAUACCAAUUCAAUGAUUCACCCAAGUAUAACAGCAACAUGGAGUAAAAACGAAAGCUCUAGGCACAAUGUAGUAGAGCUGAAAGCUACCCGAUCUAGCAAUGUGCCAGUCACAGCAAGAUACUUGUCUCCUUCAUAUAAAGAUGACGCAGCCAUUGAACCCACGACGACAUACAGACGCAAGAAGAACAGAAUGCACUGUUCAGGUCCAUUGAUGCCUCCAGGUGGAAACAUUGAGGACAUUCUGAAAGAGCAUGAGAGGCAAAUCCAAGAGGCUGUAAGGAAAUCGCGGCUUGAGAAAUCUGCAACAAAGAAAAAUCACAAAACAGGUUCAUAAAUAGAAGACAUGAGUGAAGCUUUGGUAACACUAAAAACAUCACCUGAACUGGAAGAAGGAAGACUGACCAUGGCCAUCGGGCUCUGCUUUUCGGUUUUAUGCUGCAAUAGCGACAGUUCUUCAACAUCUUUUAGCAGGCCGUUGCCGCCACAGCUAUGCUUGUGCUACUAAGCUCUGUAAUUAUGUGGUCAUUGUACAUGGAAACUCUUUGUUCUCUUUCUCACAUAUUUUCAUGUGGCUUGGAGAAGCAAAUAAGUGUGUGUACUAUUUAGGAACUGUGUUUAGUUGUGCAAGUCACUCUGCAGAUAUAAGUUUUUUUUUUCCAGUCUUUACACAGAAGUGCAUUUACAUAUACAAGAACUACAUAAGUUGAUGGAUCUUAGAAUCCAUUCAAAUAUUAUGGUUAGAGUUUGGUCUAACAUAUUAACAGGAAAUGAAUAAAAUAACUUCUUUUUAUUUAAGACAAAAGGUCAUUCUAUUACUCAAACUUGAGGUACUAGAAUAGAAUAACCAACAAAGCAAAUGUCCCUAUGAUAUAAGUUAUUUUGAAGUCUUGAAAUCUGCUCUUGAAUCUUGAAUAAAAUAGCUUUUAGUUAUGAAUUGAUAGUGAAAAUAUGAUACUACUGAUUUUAUAAGAUGAUGAUAUAGACAAAGGUGAAAGUGAUUCUAUGAUUGUAACCAACUCGAAGUAUAAAACUAGAUAAAGAUUAGAGAGGAUGUCCAAAAGGCCAAGAUCCCUUUCUCAUUCAUCUUCUUUCUUCUUUUCUAGCUGGUUCUAAGUGAAUCGUAAUGAAAGCUUGAUCUUCAUCGUGAAUCUAGCGCGAUCAAGUUGUCAUUAAUUUCCCAGUUUCUUCUUUGUUUUGAGUUAGCUGUCAAAGCAAUGUUGACUCCCUUUGGGCUUGAUGGACCUUUGUUCUCUUAUGUUUUGUUGUCUCCUUAAUGGGAUCUUAAACUAUUUAUUGGGACGAUUGUUGAAUCAGGUUUAGAAUAGGGUAAAACCCAUCUCCAACAAUAAUCCCCUCCGAGUUCAGAGUGUUUAAUAUCUUCAACCAGUUGCGGUGUUGAUUCCAACCUGGUCACGUAUUUUUUUUUGUUUUUUUUUUGACAUCGACAUUCAUAAAUCAGGGGAUCACGUAUUUGUACCAGUGGUUUAUGAUUUUCAAAACUCGGUUCAAGACUCUGAUCCUUAAAAUUUAUUAAUGAUUUGAUUUCCUUUCUUUGUAUAUUAAAUUGAUUUGGCCUGGGCGAUCAUUUCCUUUUUUUGUGGAGAUAUAAACCCUUUGUCCUCUCUCUCUCUCUCUCUCUCUCUCUCUCUCUCUCUCUCUCUCUCUCUCUCUCUCUCUCUCUCUCUCUCUCUCUCUCUCUCUCUCUCUCUCUCUCUCUCUCUCUCUCUCUCUCCCUCUCUCAGUCUCCAGAUCCCUCCUCAGGAUGUUACCUUGAGGAAUGAGGUUAUUACAGAAAUCAAAGUUACAUGAGCCUAACAUAACCUAUCAAAGCUAAGUAGAGACGAUCACGGUAUUCUUCAUCUUCUUGCUCUAAAACCAUGUUUGAGAAGAAACAUAUCAUGUCUUACAACAGAGAUGUGAAUAUAAAGCGUUGUGCUUGUUCGGAUUUCUUGCAACCAGUGGGGUGAUAUAUAUCCAUCGGCUCAAGUAACAGGGAGAAAUAUGUGGGCAAAGAGGCUAAAGUAAACAUCGUUUCAUUAAAUUUCUCUCUCUCUCUCUCUCUCUCUCUCUCUCUCUCCCCAGUUCCCUCCUCAGGAAGUUUCCUUGAGGAAGGAGGUUAUUACAAAAAGAAAAGUUUCUUUGAGGAGGGAGGUUAUUACAAAAAGCAAAGUUACAUGAGCCUGACACAAUCUAUCAAAGCUAAGCAUAGACCAUCAUGGUAUUCUUCAUCUUCUUGUUCCAAAACCUUGUUUGGGAAGAAACAAAUCAUGACUUACAAUAGAGAUGUGAAUGUAAAGCGUUGUGCUUGUUCAGAUCCAUCUUGCAACCAGUGGCUAAAGUAAACAUCGUUUCAUUAAAUCAAUCUCUCUCUCUCUCUCUCUCUCUCUCUCUCUCUCUCUCUCUCUCUCUCUCUCUCCCAUGUUCCCUCCUUAGGAAGUUUCCUUGAAGAAGAAGGUUAUUACAGAAAGCAAAGUUUCCUUGAGGAAGGAGGUUAUUACAGAAAGCAAAGUUACAUGAACCUGACACAAUCUAUCAAAGCUAAGCAUAGACUAUCAUGGUAUUCUUCAUCUUCUUGUUCCAAAACCUUGUUUGAGAAGAAACAUAUCAUGUCUUACAACGGAGAUGUGAAUGUAAAGCGUUGUGUUGUUCAGAUCCAUCUUGCCAUCAGUGGAGUGAUCUAUAUCAACCGGCUCAAGUAACAGGGAGAAAUCAGAAAUAUGUCGGCAAAGAGGCUAAAGUAAACAUCGUUUCAUUAAAUCUUUAAAGCAUUUCAACACCUUGUUGGUUCUAUGAAACACAUAACACUGAUUUAUAGAUACAUAAGCAAAUUUUGUGUAUGUUCUUUUACAUACGAGUUAGUUUGAAAACUGCUGCAAUGUUGUUGUUUGGCCACUUUUAUUAUUUAAUAGUUAACUUCUAAUGCUUCUAAGAUCAUAUGUUCCUCCCAUCUCUUGUCAAUAUGAAACCAAUAGCAAAGCUUCAUCUUUUGACAUGAGAAGCCAAUUAAAUGACCAAAUAACAUAGUUUAGACCAAAUUUUCCUAAUAAAUUUACUCUUACCAUCUAGAUCUAAAACAUAAUUCAGUUCAACUAUCUGAGUAUUACACAGUUUUCAUUUUUCAUUAUUUUAUUGAAUGACUAAAAAAUUUAAUUAAAUACUUUCUAAUUUUUAAUAUAAUCUUAUAAAUUAUGUUACAUGUGGGACAUCCACCUAAUAAACUAUUAAUUUAAAUAGUAAUGUUUGAAAAGUAUUUUAUUGACAUUGUUUUAAAUAAAUUCAUAGUUCUAAAAAUAGCAAUAACUUUUUGAGAACAUCAGAUUUAUGUACACGCAUAGGACACAUACCUUUUUAUUUACUUAAAGGAAAAUGAACGAGUCUAAAGCUUCCACAUGUUAUAUGAGAAAAACAUGGAUUUUUCUAAAUUAGAUUCGUUUAAAUCGGAUAAAAGUGGGUCAAAUCAUGGAUAAAAGUGGCCCAAUUCCAUGGUCUGUCAACUAUUAAUAAAAAAUAUGAUAACAUUAUUGCUAGAUGUAACCAAUAUUAUGUAUAAAAUCAAAAGCUUAAGACAAGUUAAAAAGAUAGAGAUGAAAUCACAACCAAUAUUUAAAUGUGAGAUAAUCAACUAACAUGUAAUUUUGUACACAUUGUAAAAAAAAAAAAGCAAGAGUUGAUUAUCAAACUAGAAAGUGUUAGAAAGAGCAACAAAUCAUGCAAGGGCAGUCUAAGCUUGAAUUGGCAUGACAGAUGGGUUGCAGACAUGCCAUGUGAAAUUUCUACAAACUCAUAAAACAAUGCAAAGAAAAUUGAUAGCAUUGUUUCUGAACAUGACAAAGCUCUGGUCAUGAAGAAAAAUUUCACAACCAGAGUUUUUGGUAGUCCUCCUCCAAUGUCAUCAUCAGCUACGAUUUCUGAGAUUUCAUCUACAUAGUCUCAAUUUCCCUUCUCAUGAAGUUUCCUUUAGGGAAGAGGUUAUUACAGAAAGCCAAGUUAUAUGAACCUAACACAAUCUAUCAAAGCUAAGAAGAGACGAUCAACCAGUAUUCUUCAUCUUCUUGUUCAAAAAUCACUGUUUGAAAAGAAACAGUUUAUGUCUUACAACGAAGAUGUGAAUGUAAAGUGUUGUGCAUGUUCAGAUCCAUCAUGCAACCAAUGGAGUGAUCUAUAUCCACAUGCUAAAGUAACAAGGAGAAAUAUGUGGGAAAAGAAGCUAAAGUAAAGAUCGUUUCAUUAAAUCAUUAAAACAUUUCAACACCUUGAUGGUUCUAAAACACACACAAAAUACUGAUUUAUAGAUAUUAGUAUGAAGACUGCUGCAAUGUUGUUGUUUGACCACUUUUAUUAUUUAAUAGUUAACUUCUGAUGCUUCUAAGAUAAUAUGUUCUUCCCAACUCUUUGUCAAUAUGAAACCAAGAGCAAAGUUUCAUCUUUAGACAUGAAAUGCCUAUUAAAUGACCAAAUAACCUAGUUUAGACGAAAGCUUCCUAAUAAAAUUUAUUCUCACUAUCUAAAUCUAAAACUGAAUUCAGUUCAUCUAUCUGAUUAUUAUAUAGUUUUCAUUUUUCGUUAUUUUAUUGAAUGAAUAAAAAAAUUUGAUUAAAUACUUACUAAUUUUUUUAAUAUAAUCUUAUAAAUUAUGUUACAUGUGGGACAUCCACCUAAUAACCUAUUAAUUUAAAUAGUAAUGUUUGAAAAGUAAUUUAAUGACAUUGUUUUAAAUAAAUUAAUAAUUCUAAAAAUAGCAAUAACUUUAUGAGAACAUCAGGUUUAUGUACACGCAUAGGACACAUACCUUUUUAUUUACUUAAAGGAAAAUGAACCAGUCUAAAGCUUCCACAUGUUAUAUGAGCAAAACAUGGAUUUUUCUAAAUUAGAUUCGUUUAAAUCGGAACAUAUUAAUGUGAGUUUCUUAAAUUAGAUUUUUAAUAUGUAUAUAUACGUAAGAAUACUUCUUAUGUUUAAAAAAAAAUAGAAUACUUCAUCUCUUUCCUAAUUUUUUAAGUCAAUAUCAAUCUAUUUCUAUAAUCCAAGAUGAAGAAAUCCCUUCAACUCUCGUUUACGUUCUUAAUUAUCUCCAUCAUUCUCUCACAAGGAAUGAUGGCAGAUGCGCAGAAAAAGAAUUGUCCUCAUAAAAUUCCAAUAAAAGGAAGCUAUUGUGCUCCAACUAUAUGUUUGGAUAAGUGUAAGAAGCAAUAUGGAACUCUUGGUAGUUGUUCAGUAGAAAAAGGAUUUUGUAACUGCGCUUGUAAGUAAGGGUUCUCACUAAGUGUUAUGAAUCUAGUAAUGUCCAACCAAAGUUUUAUAUUAUUUCUUUUAACAAUAAGUCUAAAAGUUUGUCUCUGAUUUGUGGAUCUAUUUAUAAUAAAUAAUAAUAUGAAUGUUAAAUAAAUACAAAUGUGUAAAACAAGAGUGGACUAUUAAUAAAAUAUAUGAUCACAUUAUUGUUAGAAGUAACCAAUAUUAUGUGUAAAAUUAAAAGUUUAAGACGAGUUAAAAAGAUAUAGUGAGAUAAUCACAACCAAUAUUUAAAUGUGAGAUAAUCAACUAACAUGUAAUUUUGUACACAUUGUAAAAAAAAAAAAAAAAGCAAGAAUUGAUUAUCAAACAAGAAAGUGUUAGAAAGAGCAACAAAUCAUGCAAGGGCAGUCUAGGCUUGAAUUGGCAUGACAUAUGGGUUGCAGACAUGCCAUGGGAAAGUCCUACAAACUCAUUAGACAACGCAAAGAAAAUUGAUAGCACUAUUUCUGAACAUGACAAAGCUCUGGUCAUGAAGAAAAAUUUCACAACUAGAGUUUUUGGUAGUCCUCCUCCAAUGUCAUCAUCAGCUACGAGUUCUGAGACUUUAUCCACAUCUCAGUCUCCAUUUCCCUUCUCAUGAAGUUUUCUUUAGGGAAGAGGUUAUUACAGAAAGCCAAGUUACAUGAACCUAACACAAUCUAUCAAAGCUAAGAAGAGACGAUCAACCUGUAUUAUUCAUCUUCUUGUUCAAAAAUCACUGUUUGAAAAAAAACAGAUUAUGUCUUACAACGAAGAUGUGAAUGUAAAGUGUUCUGCAUGUUCAGAUCCAUCUAGCAACCAGUGGAGUGAUCUAUAUCCACAUGCUCAAGUAACAAGGAGAAAUAUGUGGGCAGAGAAGCUAAAGUAAAGAUCGUUUCAUUAAAUCAUCAAAACAUUUCAACACCUUGAUGGUUCUAAAACACACACAAAGUACUGAUUUAUAGAUAUAUAAGCAACUUCUAUGUAUGUUCUUUUACAUACGAGUUAGUAUGAAGACUGCUGCAAUGUUGUUGUUUGGCCAAUUUUAUUAUUUAAUAGUUAACUUCUGAUGCUUUUAGGAUAAUAUGUUCUUCUCAACUCUUUGUCAAUAUGAAACCAAGAGCAUAGUUUCAUCUUUAGAUAUGAAAGGCCUAUUAAAUGACCAAAUAACCUAGUUUAGACGAAAGCUUCCUAAUAAAAUUUAUUCUCACUAUCUAAAUCUAAAACUGAAUUCAAUUCAUCUAUCUGAUUAUUAUAUAGUUUUCAUUUUUCGUUAUUUUAUUGAAUGAAUAAAAAAUUUAAUGAAAUACAUACUAAUUUUUUAAAUAUAAUCUUAUAAAUUAUGUUACAUGUGGGACAUCCACCUAAUAAGCUAUUAAUUUAAAUAGUAGUGUUUGAAAAGUAAUUUAAUGACAUUGUUUUAAAUAAAUUAAUAAUUCUAAAAAAUAGCAAUAACUUUUUGAGAACAUCAGAUUUUUGUACACGCAUAAGACACAUACCUUUUUAUUUACUUAAAGGAAAAUGAACGAGUCUAAAGCUUCCACAUGUUAUAUGAGCAAAACAUGGAUUUUUCUAAAUUAGAUUCGUUUAAAUCGGAACAUAUUAAUGUGAUUUUCUUAAAUUAGAUUUUUAAUAUGUAUAUAUACGUAAGAAUACUUCUUAUGUUUAAAAAAAUAGAAUACUUCAUCUCUUUCCUAAUUUUUUAAGUCAAUAUCAAUCUAUUUCUACAAUUCAAGAUGAAGAAAUCCCUUCAACUCUCGUUUACGUUCUUAAUUAUCUCCAUCAUUCUCUCACAAGGAAUGAUGGCAGAUGCGCAGAAAAAGAAUUGUCCUCAUAAAAUUCCAAUAAAAGGAAGCUAUUGUGCUCCAACUAUAUGUUUGGAUAAGUGUAAGAAGCAACAUGGAACUCUUGGUAGUUGUUCAGUAGAAAAAGGAUUUUGUAACUGCGCUUGUAAGUAAGGGUUCUCACUAAGUGUUAUGAAUCUAGUAAUGUCCAACCAAAGUUUUA